GAGAUGUUUGCUGAGUCAGCUGCGGACUAACUCCACCUCUACUAACUCCACCUCUACUAACUCCACCUCUACCACACAUCUGCCGACUAACUCCACCUCCACAAGACUUCCAGCCGUGUAGUUAGUAGCGUGUAAGAAGAAGAGUUAUUAUAUGCGGCGGGAAAAUCUCUUUGUCUCAAGAUGUCUGCCCUGCUCUUCAUCCCCCUCCUCUUCCUCCUCUCCACCUGCCGGGACGCCGCGUCACGGCGCUGUGAGGACCGCCUGGCCACGCCCCUUCCCUACAGCUCCUUCAGCAGUUCCUCAGUGUUAGCACCAGACUACGGCGCUGGUUACGCCAAACUCAACCGGAACCAAGGCGCUGGAGGCUGGUCGCCCUUGGACUCGGACCCUUACUUGUGGCUACAGGUGGACCUGGGCGCCAGGAAGCAGAUCGUUGCCAUAGCGACGCAAGGUCGAUACGGCAGCUCGGACUGGACCAGCGGAUACCAGCUGGUGUACAGCGACACUCAGAAGAACUGGAGGCCUUACCUGCAGGACGGAAACAUCUGGACGUUUGAGGGCAACGUGAACAGUGAGGAUGUAGUACGCCAUCAACUGCAACACAACAUCCUGGCUCGCUACGUCCGCUUAGUCCCUCGUCACAGGAGUCAGUCAGGACGUGUGGCGCUACGUCUGGAACUGUACGGCUGUUCCUACUGGUCUGACGUGCUGAGCUUCGACGGCCAGGGCGUCAUCUCCCACCGCUUCAGAAGCAAGAAGAUGAAGCUGGUGAAGGACGUCAUCGCUCUGAAGUUUCGAACCUCAGCCGGUGACGGCGUGCUGCUGCACGGCGAAGGACAGCAAGGCGAUUACAUCUCCUUGGAGCUCCGCAGGGCCAGACUGCAGCUCAGCAUCAACCUGGGAAGUAACCAGUACGGGUCCAUCCAAGGCCACACCUCAGUGAGCGCCGGCAGUCUCCUGGAUGACGACCACUGGCACUCGGUGGUCAUCGAACGAUACCGACGCAGCGUCAACUUCACCCUGGAUCAUCGCCUCCACCACUUCAGGACCAACGGAGACUUCAGACACCUGGACUUGGACUAUGAGGUCACCUUCGGAGGCUUGCCUCCCUCGCCCAAGUCCGGCUGGAGAGGGGAGCACAACUUUGUGGGCUGCAUGGAGGCCAUCAGUUACAACGGGGACAACAUCACACACCUGGUGCGCCGGGGACGAGUCGACACCUCCACCUUUAGAAACCUGAGCUUCUCAUGCGCGGAGUCGGACUCGUUCCCGGUGUUCUUCAACUCCUCGUCCUUCCUGCGACUGCCGGGCCAGAGUUCCAGCGACAGCUUGUCUGUCAGUCUGUCCUUCAGGAGCUGGAACCCCAGUGGACUGCUGUGGUUCACCAGGCUGGCGGAGGGCUGGGUGGAGGUGUGUCUGACGGAGGGCAAGGUGGGCGUGUACAUCAACGUGACGCAGAAGAAGAACGCACACAUGGACAUCUCCUCAGGUUCGGGUCUGAACGACGGGCAGUGGCACAGCGUGCACCUGAACGCGCUGGAGAACUACGCCAUGCUGACGCUGGACGGGGACGAGGCGUCCACCGUCAGGACCGCCAUUCCUGUCCAGAUCAUGACGGGAGGAACCUACUACUUUGGAGGUUACUUCCCAGCAGGGGGUGCUCACAUCCACCAGCGACCCUUCCAAGGCUGCAUGCAGAGGAUCCACAUCGACGAGCACCUGGUAGACCUGAGGGCCGUGGAACAAGGUCUCAUGGGGGCCUUUGAGAACGUCAGCCUGGACAUGUGUGCUCUUGUGGACAGGUGUGUUCCCAACCACUGUGAGCAUGCUUCUCACUGCUCUCAGACCUGGGACACCUUCACCUGCAACUGUACUGCCACUGGAUACACUGGAGCCACCUGCCACACCUCCAUGUUCCAGCAGUCGUGUGAGGACUACAAGUACCAGGGUAAACCCUCGGGGACGUACUGGAUAGAUCCCGAUGGCAGCGGUCCCAUCCAGGCCUUCCAAGUGAUGUGUGACAUGACAGAGGAGAAGGUGUGGACCAGCGUGAGGAACAACCUGGCUCCUCAGACCAGCGUCACCAGCACGGCUGCCAAGGAGGACAAGACGGUGCUGCAGGUCACCUACAAUGUGACCCAUGAGCAGUUGUUGUGGCUGACCAGCAGUGCUGAGAGGUGUGAGCAACACGUGGCCUACGCCUGCAGAAUGUCCAGGCUGCUCAACACUCCAGAUGGUGAAGCGUUGACCUGGUGGGUGGGACAAGCCAAUGAGAGACAUUCUUACUGGGGAGGCUCUUCUCCAGGAAUACACAAGUGUGCUUGUGGAAUACAACACAAUUGUACCGACAACACCCGCUUUUGUAACUGUGAUGCUGACUCACACACCUGGAGGGAAGAUGGCGGCCUGCUGACCUACAAGGAGCACCUACCAGUCCGGCAGGUGGUUGUGGGCGACACCAGCAGACCCGGGUCAGAGGCCAAGCUGACGGUGGGGGCGCUGAGGUGUCAGGGUGAUGGCAAAUACUGGAACGCUGCAUCCUUCUCCAGUCCUGCAGCUUUCCUGCACUUCUCCUCCUUGGCAGCCCAGACCAGCUCGGACAUCUCCUUCUACUUCAAGACCUCCUCCAGCCACGGAGUCUUCCUGGAACACUCUGGACCUUCUCACCUCCUUCGCAUCCAGCUCACAGGAGGAUCCACGGUGACCUUCUCCUUUCUGGUGGGCGGAGAGAGAACGGAGUUGUCGGUCCGCUCGCCGGCGCCACUUCACGACGACCAGUGGCAUCGCGUGGAGGCGGAGAAGAACGUCAAGGAAGUGUUGCUGCAGCUGGAUGGCCGCUACCGAGAGGUGCGGCUCAUCCCCCCGCAGGGCCACACCAAGCUGGAGUUGGACAGCAACCUGUAUAUUGGUAAUUCUCCCGUCAUAAUAAGAAUAAUAUUAUUAUGCUUUAUUGUGAUCAAAUAUGAACUAUCAUCCCUGGCAGGUGCGUCCGGAGGCCAGAGAAGUUUCCUGGGCUGCAUGCGGGCGCUGCAGGUAAACGGGGGGACUCUAGACCUGGAAGAGAAGGCGGUGGGGGCCUCAGGGGUGAGUCCCGGCUGCCGGGGCCACUGCCAGACCCUGGGCUCCCAGUGCAGGAACGGCGGGAGGUGUGUGGAGAAGUACGACAGAUAUUCCUGCGACUGCACGCUCAGCGCCUACGAAGGAGCCUUCUGUACCCAAGACGUGGGAGCCUACUUCGAGACCGGGACAUUGGUGCGCUAUGACUUCUGGCCCGAGGCGGCGCCCAACGUGGCGCGGGAGGGGGAGCGCCUGCCGGGGGUUCCGGUGGAGACCAACCUGACCCACGAGGAGCUGGUCUUCAGCUUCAGCACCUCCAGCGCCCCCUGCAUUCUGGUCUAUAUCAGCUCCAGGACUCUAGACUACCUGGCUGUGGUGCUCACAGACAACGGCACGCUGCAGGUGCGCUACAGACUGGGAGGUCUCCCAGAAGCCUUCAUCAUAAAGGUGGAUGAUCACCAGCGCCGUCUGGACAACGGACAACCUCACACGCUCAACCUGACACGCAACCUGCGACACGUCCGCCUGCAGUUGGACCACUACCCCGCCAGCAGCCACUUCCUGCCUGACUCCUCCCACACUGAAUUCAACUUACUCAAAAGUCUCUUUCUUGGAAAAGUAUUUGAGACGGGCGAGAUGGACGGCGUGCUGAUCGAGCGCUACAACAGUCCUGGCUUCGUGGGCUGCAUGUCCCGUGUCACCUUCCAGCAGGCGGCUCCUCUUAAAGCUGCACUACGUCUGCAGCAGCAGGUGGCGCCCGUCAGCAGCGUGGGCAUCUUGGUGCCUUCCAACUGUGGCGCCUCUCCUCGCACGCUCUCCCCGCCCCUCACCCACCCCGACCCCUGGCACCUGCAGACAGGUGGAGGUGUGCUGCAGUGGAGUGAGGAGCGGUCCAGCAGGAAGAAGGUGCAGCACAACUCUGCUCUGAUUGCAGGUGUGGUUGCCAUGGUGAUUUUGGGGGUGUUGUGCGUCCUGGUGCUGCUGCUGCGUCACAUGUUCCGACACAAAGGUUCCUACCACACCAACGAGGCUAAAGGGGCGGAGUCAGCCGACUGCGCCGACGCCGCCAUCAUCGUCAACGACCCCGCCUUCACCGAGAGCAUCGACGAGAGCAAGAAGGAGUGGUUCAUCUAGACCCACGCCGCUGUGGGACGUCACAGACUCACAACGCUGUGGGACAUCAGACCCAUACCGAUGUAGGAUAUCACAGACCCACGCCGAUGUGGGACGUCACAGACCCACAACGCUGUGGGACGUCACAGACCCACAAUGGUGUGGAAGGUCAGACUCACGACACUGUGGGACGUCACAGAUUCACACCGCUGUGGGACGUCACAGACUCACAUCGCUGUGGGACAUCAGACCCACACCAAUGUAGGACGUCACAGACCCACAACGCUGUGGGACGUCACAGACCCACAACACUGUGGGACAUCACAGACGCACAAUGGUGUGGAAUGUCAGACUCACAACACUGUGGGACGUCACAGACCCACACCGCCGUGGGACAUCAGACCCCAUACCAAUGUGGAAAGUCACAGACCCACGCCACUGUGGGACGUCACAGACUCACAAUGGUGUGGAACGUCAGACUCACAGCGGUGCAGGAUGUCACAGACCAACAAUGCUGUGGGACAUCACAAACUCACUGCGAUGUGGGACGCCAUAGACUCACACCGCUGUGGGACAUCAGACCCACACCGAUGUAGGAAAUCCCAUACCCACGUCAAUGCGCGACGUCACAGACCCACAACGCUGUGGGACGUCACAGACCCACACUGCUGUGGGCCUUUUUUUAGUGGACUUCUGUCAGCUUUGGAUCCAAACUUUGUGUCAGGACAAGAGCAGGAAGUAGAUUGAUGGGGAAUGUUUACACAACGUUGUGGGGUGAUUGUGUUGUCUGAACACAAGAAGUCACAUUCAUCUUUUGACUGGAAACUUGUGGCUGAACGUUCUUGCAAUAAUAAGAGUGUGAUGGCAGCAACACCCGGAAUCUUCUACACUUGGCUUUCUUCUAGAUGUAGUUUUAUUUAUCUCUUGCCUUCUUUCUCUCUCUCUCUCUCUGUGUGUGUGUGUGUGUGUGUGUGUGUGUGUGUGUGUGCGUGCGUGCUCCUUAAAGUCACCACAGUUGUACCGUGAAGGUAAAAAUGAGAAGAAAAUGUUGAAAGUUUGAAAAGAAAAGCACAAAAAAGUCAAAAA